AUGAUUCACCAUCAGCCGGCGAAAUACCACACGAAUCCUUUGACACAUUUUCUCAACUUACACAACUCACAUGCCACGGCGGCAGCAGCAGCGGCAGCGGCCGCCGCAGCCGCUGCAGCCCUGGACCAACAUCAUCAGUUGCAUCACCAGCAGCUCCAUCCCCACCAUGCGAAGCUAAGCGAGGAUCUAAAUCUGCUCAACAAUAAUAACGAACCACGUGUGGGUGGUGGUGAUUGCGACCGGGCUCGUGAACUGGUAGGGGUCGAAACUGGCUUAGAUAUCGAGAAUACCGAUACCACUCAAACAAGCGAUGCCGAGAAUAAUAACAUAGACAUCAUCGAUGAUGAAGAAGAUGAAUGCGAAGAAGAAUCUCUGAGAAAUGACCACAAUCAUUCCCCGGGUGUAACUCCGUUAGAUGCCGACGGCAUUGGGAAAUCGUUCACAAUAGCUGCUAUUUUGGGGCUAAAGAAAAAGCACGAUGUAGAUGAGGGACACAACUUUAGUGACGUUAUAAACCUGUCACUAAACAAUCACGAUGAUAGUGGGUCGGCUUUUGUUCAGCGAGCAAACCGCGAUUCGGACUUGUCUUCUCCUUUAGAAACUACCGCAAACCAACCCAAUCUUCACAUAUCGCAAUCGCCACAAAGUGGUGUCAACAGCAGUUUAGCAGCACUUCAAACGUUACACCAUAUGCAUGGUACAUCCGGCGGCUUCACAGCACAUCAGUUCCACCAACAUCAUGCUGCCGCUACCGGUGGCAUUGGUAAUAACGGCAAUGUCCAGCACGCUUCUCAACACAUCCAUUCUCAUCAAGGAUUGUCGGGUCAUCUCGGUGGUCACCCCAAUCAGCCAUCGCAGCAGCAGCAUCUGUCCAACAACAACCACCACCACCCACACCCGCAUCACCACCCGCAUCAUCAUCAUCAUCACCAUCAUCUGGCGAUGGCGGCACAUCAUCAUGCGCAGAAUCAUAAUCGGGAAAAAUUUAAGGAUUUGAGCAAAAAAUCUACAUUGUCAGCUUCAGCAACCCUGAAAAGUAAACGCGUAAGAACCAUCUUCACUCCGGAGCAGCUUGAAAGACUGGAAGCGGAAUUCGAACGCCAGCAAUAUAUGGUUGGACCGGAGCGGCUGUAUUUGGCCCAUACAUUACAGCUCACCGAGGCACAAGUCAAAGUUUGGUUCCAAAAUAGACGAAUAAAAUGGCGCAAACAUCACCUGGAAAUUACCCAGCAGCGUUUGGCCUUAAUACGACAGCGGCAAAUUGCCAACGGAGUCGUGCCGUCUCAAAUCGGUGCCGGCUCAUCCGGAGAACAUACGGCCUCUCCAUCGUCGGCGUCCGCUGGAAUGCUACAGACCAUGGGCGGAGGACGUACACUGAUCGAUACGUCCGGUACAGGUGCUGACUCACCGGAACUGACCAUCUGUACAGAUUCUCUGGACGCGAGAAGCGUUAGCGAAAGCGACGAUUGA